CAGAGACAGCGAGGAGAAAUUGAAAUGGCUGGAACAAGGGAGACCGGUAAUGGAAGACUGAGGCGCAUGUUCAGGACUCUCAAGAGGAUGAAAGCCAAAGCUGCAACAAAGAGGGCAGAGAUGUGCCGCUUAAGAGAGGAGACAGCGCAAAUUGUAUCUACAAUGGAACAGACAAAAUUUGAGAGGAACCUGUUGAAGAUGUCACUGGACCAGCAUUCUGAUGACCUGGUUUUCAUCUCUGAAGCUGUGGACGAUUUUACGCAGAUUAUACUCCAACUUUAAUUAGCCUAGGACACAAAAAGACCAGUUAUGAUCUGUUGUAUCGUGGUCCUCAAGUCAAGGAACUUAUCCUAAUGCAUAAAUAAGUCCAAGGGUAAUAGAAGUUUGUCACUUUAUUUAUUCAUGUCAUGUCAUGUUCGGUUUAGGUCUUCGCGAGUUAUGUUUUAGGUUUUGGUUGUUGAUCACUGAUCUUUCAUCCUAUGUUGAAUGGCAGAUUUGGGCUAUUUUCUUUAGUUAAUUUUUGUAAUAUCUGCAUUUCUUAAUUAAGUUUAAAUUACCUU